AUGUCGACACAAUCUCCCCACCCUCCUACCCCAAAGGGUUCUCGCAACAAUAACACCCGCCGGCCAGUCAACAAGAAGAAUACUACUCCAUACGGAUCGAAGACCGUCUUGCUCAAUACUCCGCCAUCCUCUCCGCCGCGCAAUAUGAGUCCCGCUGGUGUUGCCACCGAUUCAUCAAAUGCCAAUAACGUCUAUUCCAAGAAGAAGCAGCAACAGCAGCAGCAGCCUCAGCAGCAGCCUCCCCGCUCAGGGAAGAAGCCUAAAGAUACUAUGAACCGAGCUUCCCCUGCUACUAAUGGACAUAACGGCCUCAAUGGACACCGGUACACCUCUUCUCAAUCAAACGGUACCCCGCAGCCAAAGGAUAGCGCCUACGCAGGGCCUACCUUCCACGCAUCACCUGCGCCGUCGGCAUUACCUAUUCCCAGUUUCUUUUCCAAGUCUUUACCUGAAUCCGACCUUGCGCCAACUAUUGAGACUGACAGCGACACUCCCGAGGAUGGUGAUCUUGAAACGACUCCAUCCAAACCUCGAUCUCGUCUUCCGCAACCGGCGGCUAAUGAACCAAAGCCCACUCCUCUUGAUUUUCUGUUCAAGGCUGCUGUGCAGGCGCGUCAGUCCAACAACCCCAUGGGCAGUCCUGAGUCGACCAGCCGUGUUUGCUCUCCUCAAACCGAUUCUAAAGCUCUUCAUUCCAACCCACCGGGUGGUCUUUUCCCAUUUGACAUGGACUCCUCGGAGCAGACCCGCGCUUCAUCUAUUGGCCCUUCAUUUGCACCCUCUUAUCAAGAUCGCAUGAAGGCCUUGCGCCCUACGAAUUCGGGCCCGGCGCAGUCCUCAGAAACAGAAGAGCAGCGACGUAUGAAGACCGAGCAACUAAAGCAUCUGCUUCUUAAUCCUCCUGCCCAGAGGCCAGCAUCAGCAUCAGUCUCCCCGCCACAAGAAUCUCAACACCCUGCCAACUAUGGUGCUCGCGCCCGCGGUCAUCCCAACAUUCCCCACUAUGCGACUCCUAUGCGAACGAAUUCGGGUCCUGCAGCUAUGGUCUCUCGGGCCUACUCUCCCGCGCAAUACCAGCAAGUGCCUAAUAUGCCUACUGUGCCUAAUAACCCCGGUCGUCCUUCGUAUCCAUAUACGAACGGUCACCAUAAUGUCAAUGGGCGUAAUUUAGAGUCACCAUUGAGACGGGAAAUGCCUUAUACCCAUUCCAAUGGACCAUCACCGGGCCCGUAUGGCAAUGCUUACAUGGGGCAUGUUUCAGCGCCGAAUGUGGCACCUCCUCCGAACAACUAUGUUUCGCCCCAGCCGCAGUACGCAACGGCCGCUUUCAAGAUGCCCACCAAUUCUCCCUCGCCUUCCAAGUCUAUUGACACUAAGAAGAUGGAGGAUGAUCUUCGACGCAUCUUGAAGCUGGACGCGACACCGGGCAUUCAGAGCUCAUUUGCCUAA